CCACCACCUCCUCCAGGUGGUCCCCCACCACCUCCUGGCCCCCCACCCCUGGAUGGGGUGAUGCCUCCCCCUGGAGCACCUCUGGGCUUGGCCCUCAAGAAGAAGAGCAUCCCACAGCCAACAAAUGCCCUCAAGUCCUUCAACUGGUCCAAGCUGCCAGAGAACAAGCUGGCAGGCACCGUCUGGACUGACAUAGAUGACACAAAAGUGUUCAAAAUCCUGGACCUCGAAGACCUGGAGAGGACGUUCUCUGCCUACCAAAGACAGCAGGACUUCUUUGUGAACGGUAACUCCAGACAGAAGGAAGAUGCUAUUGAUGACACCCUGAGUUCCCGACACAAAGUCAAGGAGCUUUCAGUCAUAGAUGGCCGGAGAGCUCAGAAUUGCAAUAUCCUCCUCUCCAGGCUGAAGCUCUCCAACGACGAGAUCAAACGAGCCAUUUUGACGAUGGACGAACAGGAGGACCUCCCAAAAGACAUGCUGGAGCAGCUCCUGAAGUUUGUUCCUGAAAAGGGUGACAUUGACCUGCUGGAAGAGCACAAGCACGAGCUGGACCGUAUGGCCAAGGCUGACAGGUUCCUCUUUGAAAUGAGCAGGAUAAACCAUUAUCAGCAAAGGCUACAGUCGCUCUACUUCAAGAAGAAGUUUGCAGAAAGAGUUGCAGAAGUUAAACCCAAGGUGGAAGCCAUCCGUGCGGGCUCCAAGGCGGUGCUGCAGAGCAGCAGCCUCCAGCAGCUGCUGGAGGUGGUCCUGGCCUUUGGGAACUACAUGAACAAGGGCCAGAGGGGCAAUGCCUUCGGGUUCAAGAUCUCCAGCCUCAACAAGAUCGCGGACACCAAGUCCAGCAUUGACAAGAACAUCACUCUUCUGCACUAUCUCAUCACUAUCGUCGAAAAGAAAUAUCCCAAAGUCCUGCGCCUGCACGAGGAGCUGCGAGACAUCCCACAGGCAGCCAAAGUCAACAUGACCGAGCUGGAGAAGGAAAUAAACACUCUGAGGAGCGGCCUGAGAGCAGUGGAGACUGAACUGGACUUCCAGAAGUCUCAGGUUCAGCAAGCAGGUGACAAGUUUGUGUCUGUCGUCAGCCAGUUCAUCACGUUAGCCAGCUUCAGCUUCUCGGACGUCGAAGAUCUCCUGAUGGAGGCGAAAGAGCUGUUUUCCAAGGCUGUGAAGCACUUUGGAGAAGACACAGACAAAAUGCAGCCUGACGAGUUCUUCGGCAUCUUUGACCAGUUCCUUCAAGCUGUGACGGAGGCCAAGCAGGAAAACGAGAACAUGAGGAGGAGGAAGGAGGAGGAAGAGCGCCGGGCGCGCAUGGAGGCACAGCUGAAGGAGCAGCGGGAGCGGGAGCGGGAGCGCAAGGCGAGGAAGGCGAAGGAGAGCGGGGAGGAGGGCGGCGAGUUCGACGACCUGGUCUCAGCCCUGCGCUCGGGCGAAGUCUUCGACAAGGACCUCUCCAAACUGAAGCGCAACCGCAAGCGCAUUGCCAACCAGCUGGCCGACAGCGGCCGCGAGAGGCCCAUCACCAAGCUCAACUUCUGA